AUUAGUCUUGAGAAGUUGAUCGUACCAAUCGCACCUGUAGAUAGACGUAACGGUCGAAACGCAGUGAGCAAUCAUACGGACGGUUUGGAUUUUGCUCUGUUUCUGUUGUUGUUGUUUUUUUUCGUUUGUGUGCCACGCUCUUUUUUAUUAAGCGUGUUUAGCUGUGUGUUCAUUGUCUCAAUAACAACGACAAAUACAACGCGUACACCAAUACAUAAAAGUGUCCUCCAACAACUACAACUAAUAUACUGUUAAUAACUUUGCGAUGUCAAUGACGCGACGGUGAGCGCCACAAGGUUAACAAUACGCGCCAACCACUAGUGCUAACUGAAAAAUGCCUACCGAAAAUACAAUGUUAGAGGAGCGUCCGGGCGGCGGUGCCAUGACUAUGACGCGUCCCAGCCGCCUAGAACAAUUCUUGCAAGCGCCUGGCGCUGGCGGCGUGUCGGAGCAACGUAGCGCGUCUAACGGGCGUGUUCCGGGCGGCGCUGUUGCAGCUGCUGCAGCUGCGGCUGCUUAUGAAACACAACUCGCUUAUCAACAUCAUUUGGUGGCGGCUGGUUUAAUAGGCGCUGGCGGUGGCGCGGCAAAUGCGCAAGCGGCGCAUUCUGCCUUCGUGCCAGUGCUGCCAUCACGUAACGCAAUGCGCGCGCCAGGCGCCGCCGCCAUUUAUGGUGGCAUGCUGGACGCGGAGGUGGCCAAGGAGGCGAGUAAACGUCAUGGUAGUAAUACAAAUUUUGAGAUCAUCUCUAUGAUGGCGGAUAAACGCAAAGAGUUGGCUUUGCGCGAGGCUGCUGCGGCGGCGAUGUUGAUGCAACGACCACCUGGACAGGGCCCACCACCGGGUGUGCCUACUGCUGUUAUGUAUCCACCACCACCAUAUUUGGGCGGACCGGGGCCAUCACCAACUGGCGCCGGUACAUUCGCCUUUCCAUCGGCAGCCGCAACGGCAGCGUUGUUUCCCGCUGGGCUGCCACCAACUAUGCACGCUGGUUUGGAUCGUCGUUUGUUGCGUGCACCGGGACGCGCAUCACGUCCGAAGAAACAGUUUAUUUGCAAAUUUUGUAAUCGUCAGUUCACCAAGUCCUAUAAUCUGCUCAUACACGAGCGCACGCAUACCGAUGAGCGACCGUAUUCGUGUGACAUAUGCGGCAAGGCGUUUCGCCGGCAGGAUCAUUUGCGCGAUCACAGGUACAUACACUCCAAGGAGAAGCCAUUCAAAUGUACCGAAUGCGGCAAGGGCUUCUGCCAAUCGCGCACACUCGCCGUCCACAAGAUUCUACACAUGGAAGAGUCGCCGCACAAAUGUCCCGUCUGCAGUCGCAGCUUCAAUCAGCGCUCUAAUUUGAAAACGCACCUGCUCACCCACACCGAUCACAAGCCGUACGAGUGUUCAUCCUGUGGCAAAGUAUUUCGACGUAAUUGCGAUCUGCGACGUCAUGCGCUCACACAUGCGGUCGGUGACGGGCCGUCUGAGUACGUGGAUGUGGGCGAAGAAGAUGAAGGCCGACACUUGAGUGGUGAUGAAGAGGACACACUACUGGAAGUGGAUUCACCGCGUCAAUCGCCAAUACAUCGCUUACAUAGCGGUACGCCAACACAAGAGCUCGUCGGAGCUGGGAAUGUAGAGAAGUCUAGCGGAGAGGCACGUGCAGCAGCGCGUAUGCGUCUCAAACGUAAGGCAUGCUAUGAUGCAGCCGAGAUUUCUGAUGAAUCAGAAGAAGAGUUAGAUGAGGAUGAUGAGUUGGAUGAAGCCGAGCUGGAGGAUGAGGCGGAGUUGGGCGAAGAUGAGGAGGAAGAAGAAACAACGCAAAAUAUGCCAAAAGUUGGUUUACUGGAACCGCGGCCAACUGGGCAGGGUGUGACACAUUGCCAUCACGAAGGCGGUGAAAUGUAUACUAUGCGUCCGACGCAUGAAACGCGCGACUUACAUGAUCCAACGCACGGUAGUGAUUCGCCGCACACUUUUAACGUACCGCCAACCGGUUCCGCUUUCAUGCCGUCCUCGCCGAGUGCACGUUACAAUCCGAUGCGCGCGCUACCCGGCGCUGGUGAAUCCAUACAUUCGCCUUCAACAUCUAAUGGGCCCGAACCGUACAUACCUAUGUUACAUGUACGUAGAGAUCUCCAUCCAAAAGCGUUACUAUUAAGUGCCGGCGAAAUGAAAGGUGCAAAUAUAAUGCCACCAGGUGUAUUGGUUGGCGCAUCAGCGAUACCCACACCAACACAACAACCACCACCGACAGCGUCAACAAUGUCAUUGCCAGCAGUGUUGACACAGGCAACACAAGCAAGCGGUAUAGCGGCGGCAGCACCACCACCACCACCACCUUUACCACCGCUCUUAGAUACAGGCAAGAAUUUACAACAACCGCUGCACUCACCGCUCGAAUCAAUGCCCAGUUUUCUUGGUUCUAUACCGAUACGCAAGCGCAUUGUGGGACUGGAACAAAUGGCCGAUGCGCAACGCGCCUACAAUGCGCACACACAAAACGCCGGUCUCAUGGCGCUCAAUAUGACGCGCUCGCAUGCCGCGUUGAAAGCAGCACCACCGCCGCCACACACACUGCUCCCCGGUAAACCAUAUAUAUCAGUUAAUCAAGCGCCGCUAUUAUGUGAGUCUAAAUCAAUGCUAGCUGCCGGCGCUGGCAUUGCUGUUGGUAGCGCGCAUGCUGACACGACAACGCUGAUGAGUAGGGAAGCGGCAGUGGGGAUAGCGCCAUUAACGAGCGCCAGCAGCAGCGGUGAACGUCACUAUCUGUUGCCACCUAAUAAUGCAGUUAACUUGAAUACUCAGGAGACGUUGAGUGGCGUGAGCGUAACGCGCUCAUCACUAUCACCAGGAUCUACGGCGAUGACUAUGCAACCGCACCAGCAGCAGCAGCAGCAGCAACCAGCGCCACCACCUACGCGUCGCACUGGCUUUAGCAUAGAGGAUAUAAUGCGGCGCUGAGGCUGAAUUUGCUGCCACGACAUUCCUAUAUUUUACUUUUUACCAUACCGCAAUGGAUUCCUUAAGAUUUUUAACAUAUUUCGCUAUAAAUUUAUGUUUAAAUAGUUUAUAAAAUACAUUUAAAAUCCUCAAGUGCCUUCUCAUAUGCUAUGUACGUAUAUUCUAGUGCUUCAAAGCCAUGCUAUGUAUACUUAAGUUAUUCACACAUAAUUUAAUUAGUCCUUUCGCUUAGCUUAAGUUGCUUAUAGCUGUACUUUUAUGCAAAUCAAUGAGCUUUUUAUUUGUAAAAUUUCAAUUUUUUUCACUUACUAUAUUAAAUAUUAAACUAUGUACACACACACACAUAAUAAAUAUAUGUAAAACUAGUUUUAAAUAUCCUAAGCUACUAGUUUAAUAUUUCCGUUAUUUUUGUAUGUAUGUAUGUAUUACACUUGCCGGGCACUUAGUGCUCUUAAAUGAGUUACGUAUGUAUGUUUACAUAAAAUAUUAUGAUUAUGAAUAAAAGAAUACUUAAUAAAAUGACAAAAAUUAAUAAAAAUGUAUAACGCGUUGAGCAGCGCUUUCUUUUAAAAAAUAUUAUUGAGUAAUAAUGCAAGUGGAUCUUAUGUAACUGAUUGAGCUGGGUGAAAAUUGUACUGGACAGAAUAUUUUUUAAACAAACAUUACACCAACUUAUUUACAUAUAUUGGAAACCUUAUCUAUAAUAAUUUUGUGCUGCUGCACCCGAAAAGCAGACUACAGUUUUUUGUAUAAGGCCUAUGGAAAGACAUUUGAGUGUAAUAUUAUAUUAUUUUUUAAUUUUAAUGUGUUUUAUUCUUCAGAUUUUUGUGCAAAAAUAAAAUUUCGGGAUUUUAUUGUAAAUCCUGAAAAUGCGGGCUUUUUCGGGGUUUUUAAAUUAUUUUAAUAUUGAAUGAAGCAUCAUUUACAAAUACUUAAAGUUUUAGUAAAAAUGUUUUAAAAUAUUAAAAAAAAGUACUUGAGCUAACGCGUUCCCAAGGCUAAUCACGAAAUUUAAAAAUUUGUUUUUUUAAUAUUUCCAAACAUAUGUAAUAAAAUUGAAUUGUUUUCUUCUCUUAGAGUAUUGAAAAAAAGACGCUUUCCUAGUUGCGUGAGAUGCACAGCGCAGUUAAUAUUAAAAAUUAAAAAAAAAAAUUAAUAAAGUUAUAAAGUGAUAUUUUAUGAACUGAAAACAAUAACAAAAUUUAAAAAAAAAAAUAUAUAUAAAAAAUAUAAAAAAUUGAAUUAUCAACAUAUAAUACCAUAAAAAUUAAAACAUUUUAAAUUCAUAUAAAAUAUUUAUUUAUGAUUCUUCCUAGGUGAAUCAUAAAAAAAAACGUUUAUUUUAAAGAUAUAAAUAAUGUUAAGCUAACAAAAAAUAUACUUCUGUUAAAAAAAUGUAAGAA